UUUUUUCAGAAUGUGGAAUCCUUAAAGACAGAGGGGAGGAUGAUGAAAGAUGUAAUAGUAUUUGGAUGAUAUGAAUUAUUAGCUCAUACAGGCAAGACAAGUCACUCUCUCUUUUUCUCUUUCUCUUUUUCUUUUUUUUCCUCUCUUUCUGCCCAGAUAGCUUUGACAUUUUAAGAUAAAAUAUGAAAAGGUAGUGUGAUGGUGAUUUUAGCAGAAUCUUUAAAGAAAAAAUAAUGAAAAAUAUUACAUAAAUUAUCUUGGUACUUAACCAUGAAAAAUUAUGUGAGGUGUUGAAUGGAGCAAAUUGUUGGGGGAGGAUGAUAAAAGAUGUAAGAGUAAGGGGAUUAUAUAAACUACAAACCUAAUGUAACUCAGUGACACAUGACUCAACUUGGUUUUAUCAAUUCUUUGGUUUUAACUCAAGCUUUCCUAUGGUAAUGAUUAAUGGUUCUGUGAGAUGAAGGUUUUGAUAAGUAAACAAGCACUAAAGUUUUGCACUAAAUUUCCAUUGCUUCUUACAGCACAGCUGAAGUUUUACCAAUAAGUGAACUUCCAUUAGGAGAGCAACCACAAGAAUCUUGGUUGAGAUGGGGCCAACGAGUCUUUUUAGCAACACCAUCACGUUUCGCCUGGAAUAAGUUCAAAAAGAUUGUUGGAGUCAGCAAAGUAGAUGGAACUACUUAUAUCAAUAGAGUGAUGUUGCAGGAAAUGUGUGAUCAAGUGAUGAAGAGAUAUUGGGAAUCUGCAGCUAAGAAUUACCCAGUGAAUCUACCAAUUGCUUUACCUCACCUGUACCAUAGAAUUAAUGAAUGUGUUGGAUCUGCAGACAACCUCCAAUUAAUAGUGGAAACUCUUGCUUAUCAAGGACAAGCAGCAACUACUGUUCAUAAUGGCACAACCUAUGUGAAAUUUCUAAUGCCAGGAGAUAAAAGCAAACCUGAUAUAACAAAAGCUGAUCUUGCUGAGGUUAACUUGCUUUGUGCACUGGAGCAAGUUCAAGAUAACAUAAACAAUAUCAAUGCAGAAAUUACUGAGCAGCAGAAUAAUGCUAAAUCUUCUCUUCAGUCAGGUUCUAAGGUUCAGGUAUGUGGUAAGAUUCGGACACAGUUGAAUACUAGACACUUUGAUAAGUCACUUUCUAAAAGAUUAUUACAUCUUUCCAGACAAAUACUCCAUGCCUUCAAGACAGGUGUGCAAGCAAUUCGUGAAUCUAUUGCAUAUGAUUUAUCAGCUGAAGGUGUUGCUAAUACAAUGGAUGAACUACAAGAAGUGCUUGAGGAAUGUAAGGACAUAAAUUCACUACUCAACACUGGUGUUAUGGAAGAGGAUGUAGAUGAUACUUCUUUGCAAGAAGAACUGGAACAACUAAUGUCAACAGAUCAGAAAUCUGUAACCCAUCAUGAGGAACUGACAAAGAGCAUGUCAGGUCUCACGCUUCCUGAUGUGCCCCAAAGCAACCCGCUGUCAUCUCUGAAUACUCAACCAAGUUCCCCAACUCUUAAAGCUACCCCAUGAGGAAUGAUCGAAGAAUAAUGUGUGAACUCUUACGUCACUUAAGAAAGUUUCCUUCUUUUGUUGUUAAUGUCUGAAAUAUAAUAUAACAAUGCAGUUGUUUUGAUAUAUAUUCCCUCACAAAAUAUUCAUGUGCACCUUUGUAGAUCUCACACUUCUAUUUAAAAAUACUGAGAGAGAGUAUAGGAAAUAAAAGGAAUAUGCAUUUCAA